AUGUCCGGCCAGUUCCCGGGAGGAUAUCAGAGCCCCAGCGGGCAUCGGGGUAAUUAUAAUAGCCCCAUCAUUCAGCAACACCUAAACCAAAUGAACGUUCCCAACCAAAUGGGCAUGAUGGGAUUCAAUCAAAACAACGUUAUGAACAACCCACAAAUGCAAGGUGUACCCGGGCAGGGCAACCAGGAGAUGGGUCUCAAUCCCGGCAUGAUGCAGCAAAACCAACAGCAACAGCAGCAGCAACAACAAAUCGCACAAGGAAUGCAACCCAAUCCCCAGCAGAUACCGUCCAACCAGCAUCAGCCGGGUCAAAAUCAAAUGGUCGGACAGAAUCCGAACCAUCAGCCUACCCAACCAUCCGCACAGAUGGGCAUGCAACAACCGGGCGGCAAUGUUGGUCCCGGCAACGUGAUGAGUAAUCCUCAGUCACAGAACCAAUCGGUGCCGCCCAAUCAACCGGGUGGAGGAACUACCGUACAGCAGCAACAGAAAGCCGAAUUUAAUCUUCUCUCGCUGUGCCGAAUCGGGCAAGAAACGGUACAGGAUAUUGUGAGCCGAUUCCAGGAAGUGUUCGGCAUACUGCGCUCGAUACAACCCCCGAACGGGACGAACCAGGGUCAGCUGUCGAGCAACGACAAGAAGGCGAAGGUGCAAGAACAGUUCCGCACGAUUCGAUUACUGUUCAAAAGGCUGCGGCUUUUGUACGAUAAGUGUAACGACAAUUGCCAGCAGGGUAUGGAGUACACACACGUGGAAAGUUUGAUCCCGCUGAAGGGUGAGAUUGAGCGCACCGAGCCAGUCCACACGGAGGAGUACAAGAAGGCGCUGCAGGAAAACCGCGAACUGGUCGCGAUGGUACAGCUAAAGAACAAACAGUUGCGUGAAAUUAUCGACAAAAUACGACUGACUAUAUGGGAGAUAAACACGAUGCUAAGUAUGAGACGAUGCUAG